CGUGUCUGUGAUGUGAUGUCGCAUUUGUGCAUCGUCGCGGGACAUCGUUAUGCCACCAUAACAUCGUGCCCGUUUGCUGAAUCAGCUUUCGUGAAGCUAGCCCAAUGUCAUCGCAACUAACUGCCCGUCAGUAACCCUUACGAUGGUUGUAUGCGCGUCCUGUGGAGGCGAGGACUUCGACGAAGUUUCGGGCCUCUACUACUGUUCGGAGUGCAACACCCAGAGCCAAGAUGUGCGCGUGGAACAAGUGGACGACGAAGGUGCCGCACCACCUCCGCACGUCGGCCGGGCCUCUCCGCGGCGGUCGCGCAAGGAGAUGGGCGACGCGCCUCAGGAAAUAAAGCGACCCUACCCGACCAACGAACUGUUUAACGCGAUCCUCGUGCGCCAAGUCGACGCGCUCAUAUCGCUCGGCGCUUCUCCCGAGCUGCGCGGCGUCGUGUGUCGACUGUGGAUGGACUACCUCGUCAGGCUUGAAGCCGUAAGUCGCGUCGAGGACGAUGAGCGAACGCCCCGCAUCGGCGCCGCUAACCGCUGGAGUGACUUGCGAACCGUCGAAGAGCUGCUCGGGGCGUCCGAAUCGAGCGAACGCAAGCGAAAGAAACUGCAGAAGGCGCUGUUCGGGUCGGGCGUGAGGACGCGACUCACGCCGCGGUCGUCUCGCCGUCGCAAGCGGCUCAAGAACCGAUGCGAUGUCGCUAGAGCGCCCAAUCUCGACUCGGACUGCGAGUUCGAAAGUGAGCUCCCCGCCACAGCUUCGGAAGGGGAACAGGCUUCCGACGACGACAUGGAGGACUUCAGGUCGACUGCUGCUAAAGAGUAUCUCGAGCGCGUGGUGAGCCGCGGAGUCGACUUGCACGACAAAAAAAUCGGCCGGGAAAACGAAGUCACCGUGGUGACGCUCCAACGGCUGUUGUGCGUCCUCUACUUGGGCGUCUUGAUCACGGGAGAUCCUAUCUUACUGACCGAUAUACUGAGGUGGGCUCGAGACGGCCACCUGCCCUACCUGCACGUCUUGAAGAUCCUUCCAGAGGACGCCAAGCUGUGGGGCCAACAGUGGCGGACCUUCGUGCGACUCUCAGUGCCCACGAUUGACGAUCUCGCAGCGCAGGCGGCCCACUUGGCUCACUUCCUCGACGUGCGGAGUGAACUGAGGCAGCCGCCGCUCCUGCCCAUCGUCAUGCGUCUGGUGGCGGACCUCAACCUCCCUCUGGAGUUUGUGAACGUCUGCGAGCAAGUUCUCCUCACGCAUCCCAACAUGGUGCCUAGCUGGGACGCACCCCCCAAGAGAGCGGCACGCUCCGUGCCCCUUUUCUCACCGGUGUGUGAAGUCAGAGCCGCGGCUGUCCUGUUGCUGGCGCUGAAGCUCACCUUUGGGCUGAACGGCAGCAGAGAGGUAAAGUUGUCCCGAGCCGUCGAAGAACUGGCUAGCCGUCAUCCCGAAGCGAAUGUGUUUGUGUGGUCCCGCUGGGAGAGAAAUCUGCGGUCCAGGCUUCUUUUGCUGCGUUCUAGCUGCUACACCUUUGAGCCCGAGGAUCUCGAUGACGUAAGAGAUGUGGGUGUCCUGUUUCGGCAUCCCGACAGUGCUCCAGCUGACCGCUGCAUGGUGACAAAGGCGCUCAGGGAGGGAAUGCAAAGGUCGUUUCGAGAGAUGCAUGGGAGGGAACUUGUCUUUCAACGAGUGCCAGCGACCAGCUUUGCUGUCACGCCAGCCAUACGUUUCUUCUGCGAAAGGACUGCGGUUUCGUCAGGCUUGAGGGCAGUGCUGGAAGAAUCGUUUCUUCACCAGGACGUGACGUAUCUCACGCGUGCCACUGACGGUGUCACAUCUGUUGGAGGGUGGGCCGAGUUGUGUCAAAGAGAGCCCGAGUUCGUAGCCGUUCUCGGGGACGGCUGUGACCAGUACUGGACGGUCGCUUUGAAGAGAGUGUACGACUUGAAGUAUUCUAAUGUCGUGCAGCACUCACUUCCUAAAACUUUCCUAUUUCUGUUGGAGUUUAUGGCAGCCAUUACACAUUGCCCACCGAAAGAACUGUACAGGGACCUAUUGCGCAUUGAAGCGCUGUUUCUCAGGUAGCUUUAUAUGCAGUGUGCUUCAUGUUCUCAUUUCGAAACCUGUGGUCUUUGGACACUGUCGUUAUGCUUUGCAAGGUCUACUUAUAUUGUUGCAGAAUUAUGGGUGUUAAGGCUAGCACAUGAUACAAAUGUUUCAUCACUGGUUAUUGUUUUGUUUUUGUAUGAGGCUGCAUCGCAGUGAAAUGUCUAAGUACUUUCAAAGAAAAAUAUUGCACUACAAACUGCACAAUGUUUUGCCUAGCAACUUUCGUCGCGGAAGCUGUAAAACAGCAAAUCAUCACAUUAGUACAACGAUGUCACUUGAUGUAAAAUGGCAUAUCUGUGCUGAGAAUAGGAUUAUGCCUGAUCUGUCGUCUGCAUACCCGGUGAUAGAAGUGCUGCGCCACAGCAUUAAUUUUGAUUUAAGUCACUAAAUUUGCCAUGAUGUGUGCUUUAAAUGGAAGCCACAAAGGUAUGGCUGUGCUGUCUAGCAUUCAUCCCUGUUAUCUGAACCUGCAUUGAAUGUAUCAUGCAAUACAAAGCGUUCUUGGUUUGUGACUUUCUCGUGAUGUAUUGUAUGUAGCUAGGUUGCAAAGACAUGACGUAUGAUAUUUGUGAUCACGGGCUUGAUCUUGGCCACAUUUCAAUGGGAGCAAUAUGCUAAAAAUGUUCUUGUGCCUCACUAAGUGGACGUGAAAUGAACCCAGGUAAUCAGAAUUAGUCGGGACUUUCCCACUGUGGCAGGCCUCAGUGCCAGGUCGUAGUUUUGGCUGGUGAAAUGCUGGAAUUUCAUUUUUAAUUUAACAAAUUUUUCUGUGUUGCGUAUGAUACAAGCAAACUAAAGAUGAGUUGGAGUGGCAGUCUUUUAGUGGCACAGUUAGGAACAAGUGCCGCAGCAACAAAUGACCUGUCUCCUUUAGUGAUGCUUCUCAACCAGAAAUCUCUAGUGCUAAUUCUAAUCCUCACUCACGUGUGGAUACCUGCACCACAUUCUGUGUCUGCUCAACCAUGUAAUGAGACUUUUUCCGCCCUAUAUAAAGCUUUGGUUUUGUGAAGCCGUGGCGGUCAAAUGUUGAGCUAAAUACGACGGCACAAAUGUGACAAAUUGGCUUCGCAACGGCAAUUUUCGCAACCUAACUUGUGCUCCAGAACAGCCUUGACCACCUCCAUCACUGAUGCUUCGGAAAGGCCUUAUCUAUUGCCCUCUUGCACAUUGUCUUCAAGACGUUUUCUGGGUACGGUACUCGUGGAUUGAAACAUGGCACUUGAGGGCUAAGUAAUGCACAUACUUUCGUUUCCACGUCGCAUCGCUGCAAUUUGGACUCGAACACUUCAAUCAAAGCUUUAGCAUCCCAAUACAUACCGGCAUGAAGCGGUUAUCUUGAGCAACUGUGCGUAGUAGCCAUUAUACUGAAAGUCUUGAUGUCAUGUUGCAAUCCAUGAACUCUUUACACCUUGACUUGCAGUGCAGUUACUGCUUUUGUUCGGUCAGGUUAGGUUAAAAUCGAUACAAAAUAAAAUAUGUCUUCUCAAAUAGAUAACUAACACUGACAUUCUCAAGGAUGCCAUCUUUUAGCUCUAGCACAGUGAAAAUCUGCAGCUUAUACUAGUCUUCUAACUUGUAGCUCAUCUUGGGAAGGUGUAAUGAGACUUCAUCAUGGUACCUUGGACAUUACAUGCAGAACACAAUCAAAGGGUCCUGUCACACUUUUGAACCUCACACGGAGCGCACAUUCUUUCUGCAAUGCUGUUGGACUUUCAUAUGUUCUGUCACCACUUGCCACUGAGCUGAAGAAAACAGCCCUUGGCUGCGAGCAACGCUUUAAAUUCGUGACUAAUUCAUUGCGAGCCAUAUGUUCUGACUGCAUAGCUGCUAAUCUGGUAAAUCUAAGAAUGUCAUGUAAUGGGUAAGAGUUUCAUUGAAAAUACUGGAAUAUAAAAGCACAUUACUCAGUUCAGCAUUACUUUCAUGUUCCUUGACUGCACCUUUGAUGAGAACAGCGAUGUCACAAGCUGUGGCGAAAUUCACGUCCUUUUCACGAAAGGGCCGUUGCUGGAGCUGUUCAUUUCAGAGCCCAGGUUCAUAGGAAUACCUUCGGUGGCAGCAGUGCACUGUUCAUUACUUGGAACUGUGUCUGUUGGAAAUAGCAGCAGUGCUAGGUUCUGCCUAAGGCUUGCUAUUUAGCAGGAAAAAUGGUAAAGUUGUAGCUAUAAUGGCACUUCGUCAAGAGUGGCUGCAUAGCCACUCUUAGCCACCUGAAACUUUGAAAACAUGCAAUGAUGGAAAUGCAAUACCAAGAUGAUAGUGCUGCUGAAUAGAGUGAAAAGUGACUUUGUCAAGCUUUUGUGCCACAACUGCACUGAUGCUUCCCAUGAGUGGCUUGGUCAACUUAAAACUUUAAGUCUUGCCCUAGCAGCCAAGCCAAUUUAAAAGCCUUUGAGAGGUGCGCUCGCAAGUGUGCUAUGCUGCACAGAGGUGCUGUCAUGCUCAGUUUCAUGGGGGUCGAUUCGAAGUGUUUGAGUUGUCAAGGGCACAGUAGCACAAAAGUUCAUUCAUUUGUGUGGGCUCCUGCACACCUGGCCUUCAAUCGCAGCGGCUUUUUCAAAGCUUAAAGGCAAGUUCUCAUAUGUGUUGUAUUACGAGCACCCAUAAUUCUUGUUUAUGCUGACGUCGAUAUAAAUUUCUGGAAUUACUUUCUUGCUUUGAUGACACUUGCAUGCUGAACCGUCUCGGGUAAUGCACCAUUUCAUGGUGUACUGUUUUUGCCACUGACAGCGUUGGUUUUUGAUGUCACAUCACCUCACACCAGUAGCUUCUGCAAGCAAAUACUUAAUGUUUUGCGCCACCAUGUUUAUAAUCAGAAAUCAAUUUCUUUUUUUCUAAGCAUUAUUUCACUGAUGCAUCAUUGCAAGAACAUAGAUGGAUAAUAAAUGCUUCUCCUUGGUUUGUGACCUGUAGCACUUUCCACACAGCGCAAGGGGUUUAUGCGGAGUUAUGCUGUGCCAUCGGCAUUAUUAUAUAUAUGUCCACAAAAACCUAGUGUCCAUGUCAUUUAAUUUUUUUCAUUUCUCACUCAGUCUUGGUAACGGAGUCAUGCAAACUCAUCUACCACCUUGCCAAGCUCGAGGGUUAUGUAGAAAUUUGUAAUUGUUUGAUCGAUUGUUGCACGUUCAUUCAACUAAUUUUAGUUUCACUGUACAUCUCAAGAAGUAAUCAAAGUUGUUUUUCAUGUUAAUGUCGUUUGUCUCAUUUUUACAUAAUCGUGUGAUAUCUUACUGUGAUAUUGUCCUACUUCACCGUGUUUGUGUGAUGUGAAAAAAGUACGGCAUUAUGAAAAUCCUGAGUGACUGUCUCUAAAUGCACUCUUUGAUAGAAUUAGUCAGUGCAUCAUGCAGUGAACAAUAAAAACACGUAUU